UCAUAGUUAUGCACGUGCAUUAUUUUGGCAUUUGAUUUCAUAACCUGUAAAGUGUGGAACGUUGAACAUGGGCAGGAGGACGAAGAACAAGAAUAAAAAUCCAAACAGGAGACAUGAGGAAUCCGAAAGUCUUGUCAAGGCCCCCCAUUCCUUCGUCAUACACAAGGGCAAAGCGAUUGAGGGCCCCCUGAAUAAAUUGACUUUGGAUUUUAGGAAAGUUAUGGAACCGUUCACAGCCACCCAACUUAAAGAGAAAAAGUCGAAUAAAUUGAAAGACUUCCUUCACAUAGCAUCGUUCUUCCAUGUCACAAACAUGUGUAUAUUCUAUCAGUCGCAUCACGGAAUCAAUUUGAAGAUUUGCCGUCUCCCAAGGGGACCUACGUUGAGCUUCAAAGUGCACGAUUUCACACUGAACAAAGAUAUCAGAGCGAGCAUGAAGAAGGCUAUGCUUUUCAAAGAGGCCUUCGACCAUUCUCCCUUGAUGGUCAUGAACGGAUUCUCUGGUGAAGGAAAGGAAUUGCAGCUUAUGACCACAAUGUUCCAAAACAUGUUCCCAGCCUUAAACUUAUCUACUGUGAAUUUGAAUAAGAUGAAGAGGUGUGUCCUGUUGAAUUACAAUCCGACGACAAAAGUCAUAGAUUUCAGGCAUUACGUGAUCAAGGUGGCUCCUGUGGGCGUAUCAAAAGGCGUCAAGAAGAUUGUCGUUGGCAAUAGGGUGCCUAAUCUAGGGAAAUUCGAUAACAUUGAAGAUUUUGUUACUAAGGCUGAACUUUUAUCAGAGAGUGAGUUCGAGGAUGACCCAAAUUCGCACAUUACAUUACCAGAGAAUGUAAAGGCGAGGGGUGUGUUAAACGAGGGACAGUCAAAGAUUAGACUGUCAGAGAUUGGACCUAGGAUCAGUAUAGAAUUGGUUAAAGUGCAGGACGGUUUGAUGGACGGAGAAGUGUUGUACCACGCGUUCGUUGAUAAAACCGAGGAAGAGAAGGAGGAGAUCAGGAAGAGACGAGAAGCUAAAGCGAAAUUGAAGGAAAAGAGGAAGAAACAGCAGGAACACAACGUUAAGGCCAAGGAGGCUAAGAAGAAGGAAUUGAAUGGUAAAGCUUUGGAGGGUAUCAAGAAGAAGAAAGAAACCGAAAAUGAACAGGAAUCUGAAGACGAUGACGCUGAAUAUUAUAGGAAGGAAGUCGGAGAAGAACCGGAGAAAGAUUUGUUCGAUUCAAAUAAAACGGGAACGAAACGACCCGCUCAAGGGUUCAGGGGUUACAGACCGAAGAAACCGAGGAUGGACAACGAUGGUAACGAUUCGUCGAAAUUCGUCAAGAACAGAAAGUUCGGCAACGACAGGGACGGCAAAUUCGGAAAGGACAGAAAGUUCGGCAAAGAUCGCGAUGGUAAAUUCGGCAGGGACAAGAAGUUCGGCAAAGAUCGUGACGGUAAAUUCGGCAAAGAUCGCGAUGGUAAAUUCGGCAGGGACAAGAAGUUCGGGAAGGACAGAGACGGCAAAUUCAGGAGGGACAAGAAGGGUGGAGGAGGUGGAGGUGGAAGGCGCGUGGAUAAAACCAAUUCGCAGAACAGGGAUUUCAGACCGAUCGGUGGAAAGAUCAGGAAGUUUAAGAAAUAAUCCAAUUAAAAUAUAUUUU